AUGAUAAGAUACAGGCCUGAAUUUAAGUCAUUUUUCUCCAACAAGGGCAUACGAAUUACAGUUAAAGUGGCCGAUAAUAAUAACAGUGAUGAUAAUGGCGCGGAAUCCGCGGAUCUAAAAAGCACGAAAACUGGCAAGAACAAAUAUAUCCUGCCCAAGGGUGAAAAAGAGGAGGAAAGAAUAUAUCAUUUGUACCCUAGUGAUCGGUGUAAAGAUCUUUACAAGAAAAGUGAUGGAUACAAGAAGAAACCAGAGUGGAGGUAUAAAGCAAGAGGGGGCAUUGAGAUUGACUCAGACGAUGACUCCAGCAGGACAUACAUCCCGAAAUGGGCGAAAGAAACACCUAACAAAAGUACCAAUACCACGAGAUCACUGAUGGAUCUAGAUAAACUCUAUAUUAAUCCUCAAGAUAAGUUCGGAACCAGGCACUAUGAGGUGCUCGAAAAUAAGCUUAGGAUCUUCUUCGAAAAUGCCGGAUUGCUGGGAUUGGAGAAAACCUAUUCAAAGAUGCUUUCUGUUAGAGUAUAG